AUGGCCAGUAACAAUCCAUUCAUAGUUGUGCUUCUUUAUCCCAAUUGUCGCAUGAGAAAUGGCGACAACGGGGUAAUAUUUGAGUGUCAAGAUCCGAUAUUGUUUCGCACUCAGCGUGUGGAGACGUUGUCGGAUUUGAAGAGUUUGAUAUUGAGCAAGCUCGGUGGGACACAACCGAGGGAAAUCGGAAGGGUGGCGUAUAGGUUGCUGGCACCCAUGGAAAAUGGAGUUUUCCGGUUUAAACUAUUCCGACUUCACGGAGACGAGCAUGUGCGACUGAUGUUCGACAUUCAUGGGAGGAUCAUGUGUGAACAGGACGAGGAUUACGUGGCGGACAGUGUGGACAGUAAAUCUUCCGAUGGUGGCGAUGAGGAUGAGUUUGUGCUGGAGACACCUGCGGGGGCUGUGCCACGCCAUGUGAUACCUCCACCUCAUCCAAUUCCGGUGCUAUCGGCUGUGCCAAGUCACUAUCACAGUUUAUAUCUGGACGCCAUGCAUGAAAGGAACCUAGUUUCUGACAGCUGUGGAGUGGAUUACAACCUGGACGACGGUGUGGAGUUUCGGGUCGGACACAGGUUCAGAAGCCGAGAGGCGGUGCUUCAAGGUGUGAAGAACUACAGUAUUCGAAGGAGUGCUGAGUACCGGGUGAUUGAGUCUGACCGCUUAAAGUACCAUGUGCAGUGCUGUCAAGCCCACAGUGGGUGUCAAUGGAGCCUCCGUGCCGCCCUUUGUCAGAAUCUCGGAUACUGGUAA